CAACCUACAAAAAUGUCAGGUCCCGUCGAUCCUUCCAGAGUGUACGUGGGGAACGUGAACUUCAAUGCCACUGAAGAGGAACUCCAAGAAUUCUUCCAAGAUUUCAAAGUCUUAUCGGUGGAAAUUCCAUCCAAGACAAUAACCAGAGGUGAGAAUUCAUUUGAGAAGCGGCUAGGGUUCGGAUUUGUCCAGUUUGAAAACGAGAACGAUGCAGUGAAUGCCAUCAGUCAAAUGAACGGCAAGAAGUUUAAACAGAGGCAAAUCCAUGCCACCAAGGCAUUGCCGCCCGCCACCGAGGAAGAAAAGCAGAAGAAGAAGGACCUUGCACUCGCAAAGCAAGCAGAAUUGAAGGCGAAAAAACGCGAGGCGGCCAAACAAGCCAAUCAAGCCAAACAAGCCAAGGAGGCUCAACAAGCCAAGGAGGCGAAAGAGAAGACAGGUUCUACAGCAACUACCAAAAAACCUUCGCCUGGAAAAUCCACAGAGAACGUCAGCAAGACGCCAACAGGAAAGAUAUCUACUGACACCAUAUUUAUCACGAACUUGGACUACAAGACGAACGGGAAAGGGCUCAGCGACUUAUUCAAAGAUUUGAAGCCAAUCUGGGUCAAUGUUCCCACCAGGAGAGUACCGUUCCAUAUGUUGAAGAGAUUCAAUGCGUUGAAAAAACCAAUAUUCAACAAGGGCAUUGGCUUUGCGAAAUUCGCUGACGAGGAAACUCAGUUGCGAGCCAUCCAAGAGUUCAAUGGUACGGAGAUCAAUGGCAGAAAAAUCAUCGUUGAAGCUGCCGUGGAC